AUGUAUAGUGCCCAUAUAUCUCCCACCAGCAUCUUACCACCCUCUGCAGAUGUUUUAGAAAGAACAAUUAGAGCAGCUGUGGAACAGCACCUUUUUGAUCUGCAGAGCAGCAUAGAUCAUGAUCUUAAGAAUUUACAGCAGCAAAGUCUGCUGUGUAAUAAUGAAGCAAGAAGUAUUAAUUGUGAUGGGGAAAGGCCUAGUAGCCAGGUUGAUAUUGCAGAUGAUAUUAUUAAUGCCAGUGAUAGUAACAGAGACCAUUCAGAACCUGUGGCUGGCAGUAACUUAGAUAAUGAAGUUAUGCAGCAAGAUUUUGUAUUUGAGGAUCAAGAAAAUAACCAGUCUGUAGAUAUAUUGUUAGAGCCAUGCAGUGACCACGGUGAUAGUGAAGAUGGCUGUCUUGAGAGGAAAGAAUAUUUAUUAUUUGACAGUGAUACAUUGUCACACUUGAUUCUGGAUUCUAGUAGCAAGAUACGUGAUAUGAAUGCCAACACUGAAUCGGAAAUGCCAGGAGGUCAAAGUGUUGGUAUUCAAGGGGAAGCAGCAUGUAUUCAAAUUCCACAUUUAGAUUUGAAGAAUGUUUCUGAUGGUGAUAAAUGGGAAGAGCCAUUUCCUGCUUUUAAGUCUUGGCAGGAGGACUCUGAAUCUGGAGAAGCUCAGCUGUCUCCACAAGCUGGAAGAAUGAAUCAUCAUCCUCUGGGAGAAGACUGCCUUCCAGUAUUGUCACAUCGCAGUUUAGAUUUUGGGCAAAGCCAGCGUUUUCUACAUGAUCCAGAAUCACUGGAUUCCUCCUCUAAAGCGCUUUCUUUUGCUAGGAUUCGAAGAUCAUCUUUUAGUUCAAAAGAUGAAAAAAGAGAAGACAGAACUCCUUAUCAGUUGGUCAAGAAACUUCAGAAAAAAAUCAGACAAUUUGAGGACCAGUUUGAAAGGGAAAGAAACAGCAAGCCCUCCUACAGUGAUAUUGCAGCCAACCCAAAGGUAUUAAAAUGGAUGACAGAGCUUACCAAACUGCGGAAGCAAAUUAAAGAUGCAAAACAUAAAAGCUCUGAUGGAGUUGUACCUCAGACACGUCCACGUAGUAACACUCUUCAAAAAAGUUUUGGCUCUUCUCUUGACCAUGAAGAUGAAGAAGAAUGA